AUGACGACCCGGUACCGUGUUGAGUACGCCCUCAAGACCCAUAGACGGGAUCAGUUCAUUGAAUGGAUAAAGGGCCUCUUGGCUGUGCCAUUUGUGCUGUACUCCCAGCCGACGGGAGUGUUUGGCGAUGAUACCAACGUGGCCAAGAUGGCCGAGGAGGCCCACAGACGCUACGCAGAGAUUAUGAGAGAUGUCGAGCUGAUGAUUGAUGACCACAUCGCCCGCCAAAACCAGGACCGCGUGCUCCCUUCCAAACUUGGAAUGCUGGUGCCAACUGCAGGUCCCUUCUUCACACGGCUACCCCUAGAGGCGGCGUUCAAAUACCAGGACCGGAAGCGAUACAUGUCGUCAAGACGAUAUGUAGCCCCUUCUUUCAACGAUGUGCGCCUGGUCCUCAACUCUGCCCAGAUAAUGGCCGUGACGAAUGGCGCUCUUCAGCUAGCCACUUUUGAUGGUGAUGUCACGCUGUAUGACGAUGGACAGAGCUUGGAGCCAUCAAGUCCCAUCAUUCCACGCCUGUUGGACCUCUUGCGCAAAAACAUCAAAAUCGGCAUUGUGACAGCCGCCGGCUAUACCACCGCAGACCGGUACUACGGUCGCCUCCAUGGCUUACUUGAUGCCAUUGCCACCUCCGCAGACCUUGACCCUAUACAGAAGCAGAACAUUGUCAUCAUGGGUGGCGAGGCCAACUAUCUCUUCGAAUACGAGCCAUCUUCACCAUACCGGCUGGCGCCCGUUCCGCGGCCAGAGUGGUUGACCCCGGACAUGGCGGCCUGGUCCGAGGCGGAAAUCACGGCCCUUCUAGAUGUUGCCGAGUCAGCGCUUCGGGACUGUGUCCGCACGAUGAACCUACCAGCCAUCAUAGUUCGAAAGGAUCGCGCCGUGGGAAUCGUUCCCAACCCUCCCGAGGUGCGCAUUGCACGAGAGAGCCUGGAAGAGACGGUGUUGGUGGUACAGCGUAUCCUGGAACUGACCGCCCUUGGUGCUCCUUCGCAACAAGCCGGCCAGGGCCCUCAGGGCCGCCGCGGAGUUCCCUUUUGCGCCUUCAACGGUGGCCGUGAUGUCUUUGUUGACAUUGGUGACAAGAGCUGGGGCGUGACUGUCUGCCAGCAGUGGUUCGGAAGACGCAAUGGGGCAACCACCGGAGCCGAUGCAGCUCUGACGGCCAUCAAGGGCGAAAACACACUACACGUGGGAGAUCAGUUUCUGAGUGCCGGAUCAAACGACUUCAAGGCGCGGAGCGUGGGAACCACAGCAUGGAUCGCAAGCCCGGCAGAGACUGUGGAGUUACUGGAUGAGCUGGCGGAUCUGAUGCAGAAGAAGCUGUCAUGA